GCAUGGUAAAAUUCAAUGUAGAACAGGAUGACAACAUUGCGGGGUUCAACCCAUAAGGAUGAACAGCAUGCUACUGGUUCCUUAUCCCUGGUGCGCCAGCUGAGUGGACAGAUCCCAGGGAGCCAGAGGUCAUGGGUUGAGAAGACCUUUCACAAGCGGGAGUGCUGCAAGUUCAUCGCCAGCCUGCGUGACCCGGGCAAGUGCUGCUGUGGGCGUAACAAAGACUGGCAUGAUAUACUACCAAACAUUUACAGUCCAUCCCCUGUUAACGAGAAAUGGCAUCCCUACGGUCACACAGAAUCAUGUCCUACUAAUGCAUAUGGCACCAUUGAGUUCCAGGGCGCACCACAUCCCAGCAAAGCACAGUAUGUACGGUUGAGCAGCUUUGACACCAAGCCAGAGCAGGUCCUACAGUUACUACAGAAACACUGGGCCCUCGACUUUCCUAAACUUCUCAUCACAGUACAUGGUGGUAUUCUCAACUUUGAUCUCCAGCCAAAACUGAAGCGAGUGUUUAGGAAGGGACUACUGAAGGCAGCUAAAACCACAGGGGCAUGGAUCAUAACUGGGGGUACUAACACAGGUGUAACAAGACAUGUUGGAGACACAAUAAGUGACAGGACAACAAAGUUAAAAAAUAAAGUCGUGGCCAUCGGGAUAGCACCCUGGGGCAUCGUAGAAAACAAGGAGGACCUCAUUGGCAAAGAUAAAGUAGUACCAUACCACUGUGUGUCAUCACCUAAAACUAACUACGCAGUUUUGAACAGUAACCAUUCCUACUUCCUCCUUGUCGACAACGGAACCGUGGGCAAAUAUGGCGGGGAGAUCAUCUUCAGGAAAAGACUUGAAAAGUAUAUCGCACAACAGAAAAUAUCCAUAGCAAGUGGUGUCAAGGGACGCGGUGUACCUGUAAUAUGUGUGGUGUUGGAGGGUGGGGCCAAUACCAUUCGGUCCGUACUGGAGUAUGUCACAGACUCACCACCUGUUCCUGUUGUUGUCUGUGAUGGGAGUGGUCGUGCUGCAGACCUCCUCGCAUUUACACACAAGUACACCCUGGAGGAUGGCACAAUGCCCGAGAGUUUACGAGAUCAGCUCAUUCUCACCAUUCAGAAGACCUUUCAGUAUUCUCAGGAACAAGCCGAGAAGCUCUUCAUUGAGUUGAUGCUUUGCAUAAAGAAAAAAGAGCUAAUAACUGUGUUCCGAAUGGGAGAAGGAGCACAGGAUAUAGACCUUGCUAUUCUCACUGCACUGCUCAAAGGAACCAAUGCCAGUGCUCCUGACCAGCUGAGUCUUGCCUUAACCUGGGACAGAGUGGACAUUGCCAGAAGUCACAUUUUUGUAUACGGUCAGGAGUGGCCAGAGGGCUCACUGGAGCAAGCCAUGAUGGACGCACUCAUCAACGACCGUGUCGACUUUGUCAAAUUGCUGUUAGAAAAUGGUGUGAGCAUGCAGACUUUCCUCACCAUACAGAGGUUGGAGGAACUCUACAAUACAAGGCACGGUCCAAGUAACACCCUGAGGUACCUUGUACGAGACAUCAAAAAGCACGUCCCCUCCAACUACCGGUACAACCUGAUUGACAUCGGCGCUGUCAUUGAGCAUUUAAUGGAUGGAGCAUUCCGUGCCUCUUACUGUCGAAAACGGUUCCGGCAGAAAUACAAUGCCAUCAAGCGUAAUGGCGUGGCUGGUAACAUGGGUAACCUAGUGACAACACUGCCAAUGUUCCUGGAUACUAAAGAGGCGCAGGAGCUCUUCCCAUACCCCUUCCAUGACCUUAUGAUCUGGGCCGUCCUAAUGAAACGACAAAAAAUGGCGCUGUUUAUGUGGCAGCAUGGAGAAGAGGCAAUGGCCAAGGCUCUGAUGGCCUGUAAGCUGUAUAAAGCCAUGUCACACGAGGCUGACUCAGAUGAUCUUGAGGUGGAUAUCUCUGAUGAACUCAGAUCUUAUGCAAAGGAAUUCCAAGUGUUGGCCCUGGAGUUACUGGAGCACUGUUACAAGAUAGAUGAUGAUUACACUCAGCAGUUACUUACCUACGAACUCAAGAACUUCAGUGACCAGACGUGUCUGAGUCUGGCCGUCGCAGCCAAUCAUCGGGAGUUUGUGGCUCAUACGUGUUGUCAGAUUCUCCUGAAUGACAUGUGGAUGGGAGGCUUACAGAUGAGGAAAAACAGCAGUCUCAAGGUAAUAUUGGGUAUACUGAUUCCCCCAUACAUUUUGGCUCUGGAGUUUAAGAGUAAGGAGGAACUACAGUUGAUGCCGCAGACAAUGGAGGAACAUUUGGAUGAACUAGAGAACCAGGCAAGCGAGGAGGAGGGAGACCUGUCAUUCAGCGAGGACAUUAAUGAGGAUCAUGUAAAUGAGAAUCUGUACAUAGAUGAUGUCAAUAUAGAGACCAGCUUCCAUUCAUCCAGCCAAGGCUUCCCUCGAGAAAAUGGAUCACUCCACAACGAUAGCAACCAAGAAUACUCACAGUUUACAAUAAAAAAGAAGAAAAGCCCAUUACGACUUGGCAAGAGGAUAUAUGAGUUUUAUAAUGCACCCAUCACCAAAUUCUGGUUUUAUACUAUGGCCUAUCUUGGAUUUCUCAUCUGUUAUACGUAUGUUGUGUUGGUGAAGACAUCGCCACAUCCCAGGUGGCAGGAAUAUCUCGUCAUGUGCUAUAUGUUUACACUGGCUAUAGAGAAAAUCAGACAGGUGAUAGCAUCCGAGCCAGUGAAGAUUCGAGUGAAGUUACGAGUACACUUCAGUCAGUUGUGGAAUGUGUGGGAUUCUAUAGGAGUGGUGCUGUUCACAGUGGCCGUCAUGAUGCGGCACUUCCAGGAUACCACCAAGAAUGUGCGCGUCCUUUACACCAUCAACAUUGUCUUCUGGUACAUCCGAAUCCUUGAGAUUCUUUCUGUCAAUAAAUAUCUUGGUCCGUAUGUCAAGAUCAUUGGCAAACUGCUGAGAGACAUGUCGUAUUUCAUCAUCAUCCUUCUGAUUGUGUUGAUGAGCUUUGGUAUAGUGAGACAAGCCAUCCAUUUCCAGGAUGAGGAACCGUCCUUAAAACUGGUCCGCAAUAUGUUCUUUUACCCCUAUUGGAUGAUUUAUGGGGAGCUGUUUGCUGACGAGAUCGACACCUGUACUGAUGUCCAGCGUGAAGGCUGUACUUACGGAUCGUGGGUAGCUCCUGCCCUGAUGUGUGUCUACCUCUUGGUGACCAACAUUCUGCUGGUUAACUUGCUCAUUGCACGCUUCAAUGCAACCUUCAUCAAAAACAACGCCAACUCUAGAGAGAUCUGGAAAUUUCAACGAUAUCAGCUAAUCAUAAACUACGAACUUCGCCCUAUACUACCACCUCCAUUACUGUUCUUUAGUCACAUCUUCCUAGCUUUUAAGUUCAUGAUUCGGCGCUGUAAAGGCAAACGGGACAUGUUUGACAAUGGGUUAAAACUUUUCCUGUCACUGGACGAUACAGAGAAGCUACACGACUUUGAAGAAGAGUGUAUAGAGGACUAUUUCCGGGAAAAGGAGCACCAGUUCCAGUCUUCAAACGAAGAAAGAAUCCGAGUCAUCAAUGAAAGAGUUGAGAACAUGACACUGAGGAUGGAUGAUGUGAACCAGAAGGAGAAUUCUAUCAAGCUGUCCUUACAAACAGUGGAAUACCGUCUCUCUAAAUUGGAGGAGAUUUCUCUACAAUCAGCUGAUACACUCAACUCCAUGCGAAACUUGAUGGCCCGAGGUGUACGCCACAUCAGUGCAUCAAGUGCCACUUCUAGUCACGGUCGUCUGGGUAGCCAGGACUCGAUUGUAGAAGUGUCAGAUUUACACUUGUAUGAGACGCCAUGCAAGACUGAACAAGAACCCACACGAAGUCAGGGAGUCGACAGAUUGUCCGAGUCGUCUGUAGUAACACCUGACGCUAAUUCCACCAUGCGUAGUAUACCAUCACCACUGUUGAUACAUUCCAAGAAACCUGUGAAAGAAGAGCACAUGCACCGAUACACCGACUUCACCAAACCGGCUACACUGCAGAAAUCGGGUUCAGGGCACCGGUCACUGGACAGAACCCAAAGUCAGAAGUCACGAUCGUCUCUUCCUCGUGUCACAGAGACCAGCCCUGAGAGUAAAAAGCCAGAACAAAGUAUUUUGAAGGAAAAAUCUUUACAACAACGACGAAAAGGUGGACCAGGAGGAGCUAAACUGAUAGUGGAUAUAGACAAAGCAAAUAUCUCCUCCACUGAAGAUCUCUCACAAAAUGCCAACAAGCCAAGAGGCAUCCUGGUACGCGAACACAAUGUGAUGGACAGCAACCAAUCAGCAGCUGUCUACACCACAGCCAAACUAGUCGUGGACACUAAGAUGUCAACAGGUCAAAAGAGAAACAAUGACAUGAUCGAGGACAUGUCAGACGAGGAGCAGCAGGAAAUCUCGAGUAAGGACCCACCUAUCAUCACCACCUCUCUGUCAUCCUCUCCUGUACGUUCAUCUGGCCAUGGUGCCACUGCCAUGUACACUGUUCCUAGCUCUAUGGUGGCCCAACUCACUCCCAUUCUUACGUCGCUGAGGUCUGAGUACACAACCAUCACAGACGAGAUUGACACAUCCUGUAUGAUGGAUAAGAGUCCGCCUGGUAGUCCAUCUACUGCCGGCGCGUUCUUCGACGGGAAAUUUGAUUGUGGUAAGAAAAACUCUAUAAAACUGCUAAACGAGAAUGCCUUGCUGAAGCAGGCAGAAGAAGUUGGACACAAGCGCAUGGAAAAGGUGAUCAGACACCGUUUACGACAGAUCUCCCUUGACGAGAAUGACAGCAUCAGUGACAUUGCCAAGCUGGUGGUGAGUGAGAUGAACUUGACAGAGGAGGAGGAACAUUCGGGCCAGGAAGAAGAGUCUGAGAAUAACCGUUCCCACCAUGGAUCAGCAGAAAGUGUCAUCAUGGGUCAUCUCACCACCGAUAUGGUCGAGAUACGUAUACGCAGGGCGUCCACGGAGGACAAACCGGAUCAGACAGUAUGAUUUCAGUACCUCUUGGUCAUUAAUUAGGUACAAUGUCUUAAUUCUUAUUUGUGAUUGGUGGUUCCCAGUGGGCUGCUGCUACUAAGGUGAUCUCUGUUUAUCAAUAAGCAGACAUACCAUAGCAGAGUUAUUUGCUAACUGUUAUUCACUGAUGUCAAUGGUUCAGUGAAAUUACUUUAUCAGUGUAGCAAGCAUGUUCCUCUUACAACUGAGGAUAAACGUACGUAUAUGUGUAAUCUGUGAUACUCCAGAGUAUGUUGACAGGGGUCAGCUACCCCGACCAGUAGUCUGUGUUGAUAUUUGGUCUCACAACCAAUCGCAUGAUGAAAUAGGGGAUGUUGACCAAAGUCACCCAUCCAGACCAGUCGCAUGCUGAUGUCAGAUCACCCAUCCAGACACAUACUGGCUUUCAGGGGUCACCCAACCAGUCACACAUAUUUUGGAGGGAAUAGUCAUUUUAUAUUAAAAUAUCAUAGUGUAUUAGCAAACUCAUGACUGAUGAUACUGUUACAACAUGGAAAUCCUUUUCUGUGAAUGUUGAUGAGCAAGAAAUAUUUUGGAUGUAUUGUAUGGUUUUAUAUGGGGUCGGACUAAUGAACAGUGGCUCAGGAUCAUGAAAGACUCUAGAUUGAAGUCCAAAUUUGUGUUUGUCCGAUUACUUUUUAAUGCCAUAUUUUACUGAUGAUGCCAAUACAUAUUUAGUAUGUAGUAGAUAUGUAAUAUUUCAUCGACGAUUUCCUGUCACUGUCACAUGAGUAUUUCAUAGGAUACCAACUACAGGAUGUCUUGACUAUUUUAUCUACAAAUAUGGUCAUUGCUUUCUCAUUACUCUUUCGACUUUGUUGGCUGUCCGUGAAAAGUGAAUCAGAAAUCAGCCAAGCAUGUCGUCGUGGUCUGAUUAUGUGGAUGCCAUCAUAAUGUAUCACAAACACCUCAUAGCUAUAUAAUACAGAUUUGCGGUCACAGUAGUUAUGGAAAUUAGAAACAUCCUCAUUAUUCUUCCUGUCAUUACUUGAAUGUCACAGAGCAUUAAUCUGAUAACUAUACUGCCAAAAGGAUUACAUCAUUUCUAUAUUGUUAUACACAAUGUAUUACAAUCAGUGAGUUUUGCUUAUCUGCAUAUUGAAUGAAUUUGGUAGUUUGCAGGGUUUUUUCUCCACGAUAUGCCAGGAUCACUAUGAGGCAAAUUCUCUUUGUAGUAGCUAGUGGAUACCUCACUGAGUAACACACUGGCAACUAGUCCUAAAGCUAUUGUUUUAGAGUAAUUAGGGUAUAAUCUUUCGCUAGAGUACACAGCCAUGACACCACAGGACAGUCCUUGAUCUCAGCUUCCUUCCUUAACUAUCCCUGGUAAACAAUAUAUGUAUCUCUCUUCCCACAAAGUUGGAUGCUCUACUAAUUGAGCUAUUGUGGUUCCUAUAGAUGGAUGAAUCAUAACUGGGUAUCAUAACAGAUGAUAUAUAUUGGUUUAGAGUAAUUUGGUAUCAUUGUUAAAAUUUGGACUUUAAAGUCAGACUUUUUCCUGAUCUGUAGGCCAGAAUUAACACAGGGUGGUGGGUUAUAUAAAACAGGCAAUAACAGUAAUAUAUUUGUUGCUAUGUUUGUACAGUAUUGAAUUAUUCAUUAACAAUAACUUAGUUAUUAAGUUUCUUUCGUUUAGUAAUUUUAUGAAUAUUGUAAAGAAUAGUUCAUUCAUAACUUUGAAGUAGUAUGUCUCAAAAAUGUUAAAAUUGAAAAUUUUGCUUUAAUUCAUAAUAGGGAUAUUCUCAACAACCUAGAAUUAGUCUUAAAAACCAGACCGAGAAAUUUUCAACAUUUCAAUAGAGGAAAUUAAUCAUAAUAAACAUGAUGGUAUAAUGUAAACAAUAAUGAUAUAAUGAUUAGGCCUAUAAAAGACUUUUAAAGUACAUGUAUAGUUACAGUAAUUAUGAGAGAUAUUUAUUUGAAUGGUUUAUGCAUUGGGAAUUAUUAGUUCCUCCAAUGUAAACUUACAUUUGGCUUGUAAAUUUUAUAUAAAAAUUGUAAAAUUACGGCAUUUUGGACACCAGAAAUUAUCUUAGUUUUCUAAUGUAAACUGUUAAAUUAGACAUAAAAUAUUAUUAUUGUCUUUAUAAUGCAGUUCUUUUAUCUCUUUCUCUGUAUUCUGUACUCUAUCGUAGACAUAAAGUAUUGGUUUUAGCAUUUACCUCAAAAUCUACAACAUUUUGAAUGCAUUUACUAAAUUCUUUGUAAUGUCUUAAAAACAAACAUCUACAUUGUUUGAAGAUUGAUAAGGUUAAACAAUAUAAUUUGCAUAAGAUAUUUUAUUAUUGUCAAACUUAUUUUGUGAUGAAAUAUUUAUAUACUUAUUUAAUAAGAAUUAGAUUGCUAUUUUUUUAAUGUGUUAACAUGUAUGUAUAGUAGUGAUAGGGUCACUUGGCGCAGUAUUAACAGGGGUGGUACACAUGUGUGGUCAGGGUUAAACAGAUCUAAUAGAUCCCUAAAAAAGGAGUGAGGUAUUGAGGUCCACAUUGAUAACAGGGCAUGUUAUAGCAUUAACAAUUAGAAUUACAUAAUAAAAUUCAUCUCCCAAUUGACAAAGGGGAGGUAAUUGAUUUAAUUCUGCUCCCCAGUGACAAAGGAGAGAAAAAUCAUCAUAUUACCUGCAAGUAACAUAUCAUUAAUUUGUUUUUACUCAAUUCAGUAUUUUGAUUUGCUGAAUGUCCAAUUAACGCAUGUCUAAUAAAUAGUUGAUGUAAGUACUAAGUACUGGUCAGAUCUAUUUUUACAUGUUGAUUCUCAAUUAUCUACUCAUAUAAUUAUUAAUAAAUUAUUUAAACCAAUAUCAGGACAGUGCAUGAUGAUGAUGUUGAUUUUAUUACUGUAGAUUGAAGGUUACGUAUGUGAUAUUACCUUUAACUUAACCAGGUAUUUAUAAAAUCUAGUUUUACAAGGUGUGUGUAUAUUUGAGGAGGUACAUUGUGUACUGUUGACUUUGUUAUCUACCUUUGUCAGAGUUAAGGUGUUAUCUACCUUUGUCGGCGGGUUAAGGUGUUAUCUACCUUCGUCGGAGUUAAGGUGUUAUCUACCUUUGUCGGGGUUAAGGUGUUAUCUACCUUUGUCCGGGUUAAGGUGUUAUCUACCUUUGUCGGGGUUAAGGUGUUAUCUACCUUUGUCGGAGUUAAGGUGUUAUCUACCUUUGUCGGAGUUAAGGUGUUAUCUAUCUUUGUCGGAGUUAAGGUGUUAUCUACCUUUGUCGGAGUUAAGGUGUUAUCUACCUUUGUCCGGGUAAAGGUGUUAUCUACCUUUGUCGGAGUUAAGGUGUUAUCUACCUUUGUCGGAGUUAAGGUGUUAUCUACCUUUGUCGGAGUUAAGGUGUUAUCUACCUUUUUUCAGAGUUAAGGUGUUAUCUACCUUUGUCCGAGUUAAGGUGUUAUCUACCUUUGUCCGAGUUAAGGUGUUAUCUACCUUUGUCGGGGUUAAGGUGUUAUCUACCUUUGUCCGGGUUAAGGUGUUAUCUACCUUUGUCGGAGUUAAGGUGUUAUCUACCUUUGUCCGGGUUAAGGUGUUAUCUACCUUUGUCGGAGUUAAGGUGUUAUCUACCUUUGUCUGGGUUAAGGUGUUAUCUACCUUUGUCCGGGUUAAGGUGUUAUCUACCUUUGUCUGGGUUAAGGUGUUAUCUACCUUUGUCAGAGUUAAGGUGUUAUCUACCUUUGUCCGGGUAAUGGUGUUAUCUACCUUUGUCAGAGUUAAGGUGUUAUCCACCUUUGUCGGGGUUAAGGUGUUAUCUACCUUUGUUGGGGUUAAGGUGUUAUCUACCUUUGUCAGAGUUAAGGUGUUAUCUACCUUUGUCGGAGUUAAGGUGUUAUCUACCUUUGUCUGGGUUAAGGUGUUAUCUACCUUUGUCUGGGUAAAGGUGUUAUCUACCUUUGUCAGAGUUAAGGUGUUAUCUACCUUUGUCAGAGUUAAGGUAUUAUCUACCUUUGUUGGAGUUAAGGUGUUAUCUACCUUUGUCUGGGUUAAGGUGUUAUCUUCCUUUGUCGAAGUUGAGGUGCUAUACCAUCAACAGCACAUACAUAGCUAAUGUAGAGACAGAGUACAUAGAAUUUCUACAGAAAGCACUCUUUGUCAUUACAUCUUUGUUGCCAAUGUAGCACCUGUAACAGGCUAUUAAUAACUACCUAUACAAGGUAUAUCAAUGUAGCACCUGUAACAGGCUAUACCUACCUAUACAAGGUAUAUCAAUGUAGCACCUGUAACAGGCUAUACCUACCUAUACAAGGUAUAUCAAUGUAGUGUAAUUGGUCAAGAAAUUUCUGGAUGUAACAUUAUACAUUCAGAUUUUUUCCCCUUUCUUUUGUUUUUCUCUCUCUCGGAAUGAAAGAAGAAGUAUAUCUACCACUUUUACCAGAGAACCUGACCUUUCUCGUUAAGUUCAGUAUGCACUGUUUUCAUCCCUGCAUCAAUUUGUUGUUUUAAAUCAUGUGAUUGCCAGCAUUAUAUUGUUUUAAUCACUCAUUCUAUUAUGUUUCAUUAUUUUCUGAAAACUUUUACAUUACACAUUUUUAAGUAAUUAUUAUGAGUCAUUUUCAAAACAUUGCAUAUCUGAUGGAUCAAAAGGAAAAGAAGAUUAGAUGAAGGAAAGGGAAAGGAGGCUGAAGCAGAGGAAAAGCUCACUCAUAAAAGAGAGAAAUUGUAUUAGAGAAAAAAGAGAGAUUGGAAGGAAGAGACGGUUCCUUAUCAUAUAUCCAUACUUUGUUAUAUAAAGUAGGAAUACCAUGAUUUAUCUGUACUUUGAUCAAAAACCAUUUCUUGACUUAUAUCAUUUCCCUAAUCUGAUUAUAUUUUACAAUAUUAGUAUCUUGUUUUGUUUUGCUAGAACCUGUUGUUAUGUACAAAUUUACAUUGUUUUUCUUAGAAUUCAAAAAUAAAUUUUUUGUUAUUUUAUUGAAGUAUUCUGAUACUUAUAUUAUACUACUCAUAUAGUGGUAUAUCAAUUUUAUAUGCAGCAUUUCCUUUCAAAUGCAUUAUUUUGUGAUUUGUAUUGUGGGGCAGAUGACCUGGCCAGGUAACAUGGCAUUAUAAUCAUGGUGUGUAUUGUAUACUGUCUAGGUCAGAGGGCAGAUUAUAUAUAUGAGAAAUCUAGGCCAGAUUAGUCAAACUGUAUGUAUGAGAAAUCUAAAGGUCAUACAUGUACAAUGAGUCAAAUUACAUGUAUUCGAAAUGUAGGCCAUCAGUCAAUGAACGUACUGUAUAUAAAUAAAAUUUAGGCCAUAGAUCAAACAUUAUGUAUGAGAAAUGUAGGUCAUAGGUCAAACAGUACAUAUGAGAAUCUCAUGAGUUUGGCACUGUUAAGUGUUUUACUUGAUGUCCGAUGGUGUAAGGUCGUGAGCAUGUCUGAUGGUGUAAGGUCGUGAGCAUGUCUGAUUGUGUAAGGUCGUGAGCAUGUCCGAUGGUGUAAGGUCGUGAGCAUGUCCGAUUGUGUAAGGUCGUGAGCAUGUCCGAUGGUGUAAGGUCGUGAGCAUGUCUGAUGGUGUGUAAUUUUUACCUCUGGAGUCAUUGAAUCAAUUGAUGUUGAUUAAUCUAAUGUAUGAAUAUCAACAUUUGUAACAUUAUGGAAUACAUUAUGUACUGGUAAACUGAUUAAGGAAAUACUGGUAAACUAAAUUUCUGUAUAUGAUUUACCGAGAGUUGAUUGUUUAAUUCAAUAUUUUAUUGUUGUAUUGACAUGUACUUAAUGAAAUAGAAGAUUUAUUGUUCAAAUUGUUUUACGAGAAGAGAUUUUCUACAUGUGUUUAUGAGUAUUAGAGAUGGCUAUAAUACAGGGACAGACAUUGAACAAAACAGAAUGUAAUAAUGUACAAAUAUUUAUUAAGUUUUGAUUUCAAUUGUUAGUUCUUGUUCAAGUUUUAUUAUGACAUUAUGCAGUCACUUAACAGCCUGUCCAGAUCACAUUCCUAUGCAGAGCUAGAUAAUUCCGACUUAACUAUAAGUAAAUAAAGCUGCUUCCUUACUGUACCUCGUGGACAGCUGAUGAGGUGUACUAUAGGUCGAAUACACAGUAAUUAACACUGUAGGGGACUAUGUGAGUUGUAUAUGAUACUGUAGCAAUAAGUCCAUGCCUGUUAAUAAGCCCACCCUUAUCUGAUGUUGUAAGUGGAAUUCUCCAACGUAUUUUCAUUGUCCUUUGAUGAGAGGUUAUGUGUUAAUUAGUUCCCUAUAGCUGGGCUUAUUGCAGGAUCGGUAAAUCGCAGAUCUUACAGUAACUGUUACAUAUUAUACCAUUUUAGCAGUAACUGUUACAUAUUAAAGCUGUUAUUAAAAGUUACAUCACCUUACAGCUAUUGAUAUGUAUAAUGGCAGGAUAGCUUUUUGUUAGGUGGGUCAACAACGAACAGCUGUAUCACAUCAUCAUAAUCUAUAUAACCACUGGCCUUUCAUCUGUCUCAACUGUAUGUUCCUCCAUUUAUUUACAAAUACAGCAAAAAACUAAAUUUUGUGAAUUUAGGAAAUUAUUUAUGUUGAGUAACCUAGGGAUUGAGGGACUGAUCGAUAUAUUCUAGAAAAAAAAUCAUUGUGAGUUUGAAAAUUAAUACUGUUACCGUAUGUUAUUUGGGCAUUGUUAAUUGCUUUGACAGAUUUUAAACAAAUAUACUUAAAAAAAAAAAAAAAAAAAACCUUUUAGUAAAUCAUAAUUUAGCCUGAAAAUCACUAAUCAUAAUUUAGCCCGAAAAUCACUAAAAUGAUGAGUUCACUAUUCAUGUGGGCUACACAGCACUUCACAGGACAGUAAUUAGGCCAACCCUAGGUUAUCAAAUGAAUAUCUUCCAAUAAAAGUAAUUUCAAGGCCAGCAGAGACAUUAUUUUUGAACCUGUUUUAUUUACAUAGUGUUCAGUUCAUCAGACAAAAAGUCAGUAUGGUGUUCAGCUCUGUCAUAGUAGUGUAGAAAAAUUGGCUAUUUCACUCAACAGUAUGGCCAUCUUCUCUGGUCAGCUAGUGUCUUGACCUUUGGUUACAGCCGUAUUGACCGUCAGCCAGUGUCAUGACUGUCUGUUCAGUCAUAUUCACCAUCAGCCAGUGUCAACCAUUUGUGUUCAGUCAUAUUUGGCAGUCAUCUAGUCUUGCAACCAUCAGUUUUCAGCCAUAUUCGCCAUCAGCUAGUGUCAACCAUCGGUGUUCAGCCAUAUUUGGCAGUCAUCCAGUCAGCUGUAAGUGGUCACUGAGUUUACCGAUUAAUAGUAGCCUGAGUGGCAGAGUUUGGCUUAUUCAGCAAGUGUGCUGUUGAAUGUUUCCUUUGCCAGAGUGCGAUCUGUGGUUGACCAGUUGCUGGAAAAGUACGGUCAUUGACCAGUCAGUGUGUUGUGAUCUAAUUGGUCAGACAGUAUGUUUGUUGGCUGUGUACAAUCUGAUUGGUCGGCGAUGUGUUCUGUUUUGGGCCAAAGUUCUGCCUGUAUAGGGCUAGGCUUAUAGCCUUGGGUAUUUUCAGUAUUUUAAAGACUUUUUUUUUUUUUUUAUUAGACUCUGUGAUGUGUUAUACCAGUGACGCCAUAUCUCGAGUAUUAUUUUACCUAAGAAGAUCUGAACAAUGUACUCCACCAUUGAUGUGAUCAAAUAACUUAUAUAUUGUCAAACAAAUAACUAUUAAAACAAUUUCAGAACCA